AUGAGCGCGUCGACCAUCGCGGCCUCUGGGCCCAACACGACGCAUCGCGCCGUGCGUUGCGCUGUUCGCUCGCGAUCCCGCGUUAACGCGGUCGCGAUGCGUGGGCAAAACCUUACCAGAGCUCAAGCGUCCACGUUCACCGCUCCGGGCAGCAAGACGAAGUACUCUCCGUCCUUGGUGCGCAUGCGUAAGGCGGCAGCGCUGCCGAAGUGUACGUCGGUGCGACUUCCGGGCGACCGGGCAAAGACGGUGUGCCUUGCCGAGCGCGGCUCGGUGUAUGGCGAAUGGCCGACGUACGAGGGUGGUGCGGUCGAUAACACGCAAUUGUUGGAGGAGCACGAUGCGUGCGGCGUCGGUUUCAUCGCGUCCCUCAAGGGUGAGCGCACCCACAAGACGCUGCGCGACUCCCUCAUGGCGGUCGGUUGCAUGGAGCACCGCGGGGCGUGCUCGGCAGACAAUGAUUCCGGUGAUGGCGUCGGUGUGAUGACGAACAUUCCGUGGAAGUUGUUGGGUAAAUGGGCCGACUCACAAGGCAUCAAGGGCUUCGCCGAAGGUUCUUCCGGCGUUGGCAUGUGUAUGUUGCCGACAGAUGCCGCUGCCGCGGCCAAUGCAAAGAAGUUGCUCGAGGAGAGCUGCGUUGCCGAAGGUCUCGAAGUGCUCGGCUGGCGUGCGGUUCCGGUCGACAGUUCCGUCGUCGGUCCGCUCGCGAAGAUGACGUGCCCGGUGCACGAACAGAUUCUUGUUGCUGGUGCCGGUGUUACGGGCGAAGAGCUUGAGCGCAAGUUGUUCAUCGCUCGUAAGACGUGUGAAAAGAAGGCUGCCGCUGCUGGUAUGGAAGAGAGCUUUUACAUCUGUACCAUGGGUUCUCGCACGAUCGUGUACAAGGGUAUGCUGCGCUCGGCGGUUCUUGGCAAGUACUACAAGGAUCUGGAGGAUCCAGAUUACGAGACGCAGUUCUCCAUCUAUCACCGCCGCUUCUCCACCAACACCACUCCGAAGUGGCCGUUGUCCCAGCCUAUGCGUUUCUUGGGCCACAACGGUGAAAUAAACACGCUCCAAGGCAACUUGAACUGGAUGGCGUCCAAGGAGGCGGACAUGGCCAACCCGAUCUGGGGUGGUCGCGAACCAGAGUUCCGCCCUAUCUGCUCCCCGGCGGCGUCUGACUCUGCCAACCUCGAUAGAGUCGCCGAGUUACUCGUCCAAACUGGCCGCGAACCGACGGAGACGAUGAUGUUGCUCGUUCCGGAGGCUCACCGCAACCACCCGGAGCUUGACAGAACGUUCCCGGAGGUGCACGACUUUUACGAUUACUACGCCGGUAUGCAAGAGGCUUGGGAUGGCCCUGCUUUGCUCGUCUUCUCCGACGGUAAGAAGCUCGGUGCUCGCCUCGAUCGCAACGGUCUUCGUCCGGCACGAUUCUGGCGCACGUCCGAUGACUACAUCUACGUCGCUUCUGAAGUGGGUGUCCUCGGUGAUGUCAUCUCCAACGCCAGCAAUGUCGUCUCGAAGGGCCGCCUCGGUCCGGGGAUGAUGAUUGUCGCCGACUUGGAAACGGGCGACUUCAAGGAGAACACACAAAUCGCCAAGGAAGUUGCGGCGCGACACCCGUACGGCGAAUGGAUGAAAUCCAUCGAGCGCUUCAAGGGCAUCAAGCCGAGCACCGCCAACACUCUCGAGCCAAUCCAGCUUAUUGAGUGCCAAGCUCGCGCUGGUUACGCCGCGGAAGACAUCACGAUGAUCAUCGAAUCCAUGGCGGCCGAAGGUAUCGAACCGACUUGGUCGAUGGGUGAUGACACGCCGUUGCCGGUGUUGUCUUCUCGCCCGCGCAUGCUCUACGAUUACUUCAAGCAGCGCUUUGCGCAAGUCACCAACCCGCCGAUCGAUCCACUUCGUGAGGGUCUCGUCAUGUCCUUGGAGAUGACACUCGGUGCCAAGGGUAACUUGCUCGACACUCAAGGCAAGGAAUCGCCGCCGGUCAUGCUCGACACUCCGGUCCUCUUUGACUCUGAGUUGGAUGCAGUGAAGAACCACCCGAAGCUCAAGACGGCGACCAUCCCGGCUCGUUACGCUGCUGGUGGCGGCGCUGGUGCCCUCAAGGCGGGCCUCGACAAGCUCUGCGAAGAUGCCGCCGCGGCCAUCCGCGCCGGAAGCCAGUGUGUUGUUAUCACGGAUCGUCCGGAUCAAGGUCCAGACUCCCCGGCGAUCCCGUCGCUCCUCGCCGUCGGUACUGUGCACCACUACUUGAUCGCGCAAGGUCUCCGUACCCGCGCGUCUAUUGUCGUCGAAUCUGCCUCUGCAUUUAGCACGCACCACUUCGCCACCUUGAUUGGCUACGGUGCUCACGCCGUGUGCCCGUGGUUGGCUUUGGAAACUUGCCGAUCCUGGAGAAUGUCGCCUAAGAUUGAAAACGCCAUCAAGCGUGGCAAGAUGGGUGAUGUUUCCGUCGAAGGCGUUCAAACCAACUUCAAGGCUGCGAUCAACAAGGGCCUCAAGAAGAUUCUUUCCAAGAUGGGUAUCUGUGCGAUCACGUCGUACCAAGGUGCUCAAAUUUUUGAGUGCUACGGCCUUGGCCCGGAAGUCAUCGGUACUGCCUUUAAGGGCACCGUUUCCCGCAUUGGCGGUCUCACCUUGGAUGAAGUCGCCAAGGAAACGCACAUGUUCAUCCAAUCUUCCUUCCCGGGUGAAGCCGAAGAAAUGGCCAAGGUUGAAGCUCGCGGUAUGUUCCAAGUGAAGCCGGGUCUGGAAUACCACGGCAAUAACCAAGACAUGUCCAAGUUGCUUCACAAGGCUGUUGGUCUCGGUGGCGGCGAAAAGAACGACGAGUUCUGGAGCGCCUACCAAGAGCACCGCAACGACCGUCCGUACACGUGCUUGCGCGAUCAACUCGAGAUCAAGUCUGACCGCAAGCCGAUUUCUAUCGACGAGGUUGAAUCCGUCGCAGACAUUUGCACACGCUUCUGCACGGGUGGUAUGUCUCUCGGUGCCAUCUCGCAAGAAUGCCACGAGUCUAUCGCCGUCGCGAUGAACCGCAUCGGCGGUAAGUCCAACUCUGGUGAGGGUGGCGAAGAUCCGAAGCGUUUCAUUCCGAUCUCUGAUGCUGACGCGGAUGGUAAGACCGAGAGCUUCCCGUACCUUCGCGGUAUGCAGAACGGUGACGUCGCGUCCUCCGCCAUCAAGCAAGUCGCCUCAGGCCGCUUCGGUGUCACGACGUCCUUCCUUAUGUCUGCCAACCAGACUGAGAUUAAGGUCGCUCAAGGCGCCAAGCCGGGCGAAGGUGGCCAGCUUCCGGGUAAGAAGGUUUCCCCGUACAUUGCUUGGCUGCGACGCUCCAAGGCGGGAGUGCCGCUCAUCUCGCCGCCACCGCACCACGACAUUUACUCCAUUGAAGACCUCGCUCAGCUCAUCUACGAUUUGCACAUGGUCAACAAGGAUUCUAAGGUGUCCGUGAAGCUCGUCGCGCAAGCCGGUAUCGGUACGGUCGCGUCUGGUGUUGCCAAGGCGAAUGCGGACGUCAUACAAAUCUCCGGUGGUGAUGGUGGUACCGGCGCAUCUCCGUUGUCUUCCAUCAAGCACUGCGGUGGUCCGUUGGAGAUGGGUCUCGUCGAAACGCACAGAACUCUUGUCGAGAACGGCCUCCGUGAGCGCGUGAUCUUGCGUGCGGACGGUGGCUGCCGCUCUGGCCUUGACGUGAUCCAAACUGCACUCAUGGGUGCUGAUGAGUACGGUUUCGGUACCGUCGCCAUGAUCGCCACUGGUUGCGUCAUGGCGCGUAUUUGCCACACCAACAACUGCCCGGUCGGUGUCGCAUCCCAGCGUGAAGAACUUCGCGCGCGUUUCCCGGGCGCUCCGAGCGACCUCGUCAACUUCUUCCAGUAUGCUGCUCAAGAAGUGCGUGAGAUCCUCGCCUCCAUGGGUUACCGCUCCCUCGACGAGGUCAUCGGUCGCAACGACUUGCUCAGUCAAAUCGACAAGGCGCCGUCGAAGACUGGAUCCCUUGACUUGUCCUUCCUCACGACUUCCUCCGGUGAGUGUGGUGCGUCAAGCGAUCGCAUCAACCAGCCGGUGCACAACGACGGCGUCGUUCUCGAUGACAAGAUCCUCUCCGAUCCGGAGGUGAUCAAAUGCAUCGAGACCGAAGGUACGUUGGUGAAGAAGGUUGAAAUCGUCAACAUCGAUCGUGCCGCGACCGCUCGCGUCGCCGGUCAGAUCGCGAAGAGGUACGGUGACAACGGCUUUGCUGGUUCCCUCACCCUAGACAUUGAGGGUUCUAGUGGUCAAUCCUUCGGUGCGUUCGUUGUUGGCGGCAUGAAGGUGCGACUUGUGGGUGAGGCUAACGAUUAUGUCGCGAAGAGCAUGAGUGGUGGCGAAAUUGCCAUCAUGCCGCCGUCGAACUCUCCGUUCGCGCCGGAUUCGGCGAGCAUUGCCGGUAACGCGUGCUUGUACGGUGCCACUGGUGGUCAGGUGUUCAUCAGUGGCCGUGCCGGUGAGCGCUUCGCCGUGCGUAACUCGCUCGGUGAAGCGGUCGUAGAAGGUACUGGCGAUCACUGCUGCGAGUACAUGACUGGUGGCUGCGUCGUCGUCCUCGGUCCGGUCGGACGCAACGUGGGUGCGGGUAUGACGGGUGGUAUUGGUUACUUCCUCGACGAGGAUGGCGCGUUCCAAGCGAAGGUCAACGGUGAGAUUGUCGCCAUGCAGCGCGUCUGCACGCCGGCUGGUGAGGCUCAACUCAAGGGUCUCAUCAGUGCGCACGCUGAGAAGACGAACUCUCCGAAGGCGAAGGCUAUCCUCGCCGACUGGGCCUCCUACUUGCCGAAGUUCUGGCAAUUGGUGCCGCCGUCCGAGGCAAACACUCCUGAGGCUACCAGCACGCCGACGGAAGUUGCCACUACUGCGUAA